GGCGAGCAGUGGCAGCGGGCACUUGCGCUGCUGAGCGAGAUGCGGGAGGCGAAGCUGGAGCCCAACGUCAUCAGCCACAGCGCUGGGAUCAGCGCGUGCGAGAAGGGCGAGCAGUGGCAGCCGGCGCCUGCGCUGCUGAGCGAGAUGUGGCAGGCGAAGCUGGAGCCCAACGUCAUCAGCUACAACGCUGGGAUCAGCGCGUGCAAGAAGGGCGAGCAGUGGCAGCGGGCGCUUGCGCUGCUGAGCGAGUUGCGGGAGGCGAAGCUGGAGCCCAAUGCAGCCAGCUACAGCCCUGCGAUCGUCGCUCUGCUCCGCAGAAGCGUGAGACAGGCUAGUCAGCCACACCGCUGA